AUGACUUAUAAACAUAUAACAGAAGUUCAUCUAUCCCUUACAAUGGAUGAAUUGAUUACUUAGAUGAGAAUCAAAUAAACUGAAAAUUCCUUAAAAAUCAAAGUAGAACAAGAGUUAGACAAAUUAAAAAAAGAACUGAUUGAACCUUAAAGAAAGCAAAGCAAUCCUUGA